AUGCAGUCGCUGGAAUCACAGGAAUCGCAGUUCCGCGGCCUCAAGUGGGUGGAAGGGCUCUGGGAACCUUCGCCGCAAUGGACCUUCGAACCCGAGCCUGAGGCUAUUAAGCAGACGGUACAAUCACUUCGGCCAUCAAGCACGGUUGAAGUGACUUUUCUCGCACAGGGUGCAUUAAACAAGGUCUACAACGUUAGCAUAGAUGAUGAACCGUUUAUGAUGCGAGUCUCAUUGCCGGUCGAUCCAUAUUACAAAGUCAUGAGUGAAGUGGCAACAAUGGACUGGGUGCGCCGCAUCACAAGUCUCCCAAUCCCUAGAACUAUCACCUACCAACCUUCCCGAGACAAUCUGAUUGAAUUUGAAUGGAUUCUCAUGACCAAAUUGCCUGGAAAGCGCUUCAGUGACCUUCACCAGUCUCUUUCGUUCGAUGUGAAAGCACGCCUGAUUAGGGAGUUUGCGGCAAGCUCAGCUUGCCUUUUUCGAAAUCAACUACGCGGAAUUGGGAAUAUCUACCCGGAAUUAUCUGUUGUUGAAAAUUCAACGCCCAGCGAGGAAAUCCCGUCUCCAAGAGCUGUCGAUACCAAAAUAUCAGUUCCGGCAAAGGAACCGGCCUCAAAUGAUGGUAGCGCACGUAUGAGAAAGAACUCGGGAGCUCCUCUAUUGAAUAUGCCCAACAAAGGUUCUUCACCAGAGGCUUUACCUGAUGUGGGCCGGAUUGUUUCUAUGCAGUUUUUCUGGGAUUCACGUAUCCACCAAGAUAUUCCCCGGGGCCCAUUCCGCACAAGCAAGGAAUGGAUCACAGCUCGUCUUUUAUGCAAUGAAAAUGAGUGUCAUUCGACUUUGAACAAGUACUCAGAUGGAGACCUUGAUAGCGAUGCUGAAGACGAAGUGGACUUCGCUACAAGGGCGCUGAAAAUCAUUGACAACCUCAAAUGCCUUCUUCCUCUGGUUUUCCCAACGGAUGAUGUUGAUUCAGAACCGUCUAUGCUAGUCCACAACAACCUCUGGGGACGCAAUAUCCUCGUUGAUAACAGCGGGGAACUGACUGGUGUCUUAGGCUGGGAGUGUGUUUCAGCGGUGCCUUUAUGGAAGGCCUGCUCCUAUCCUCAGCUUUUAGAAGGACGACCACGAUACUCAAAGCCUGUCCCCAGAAACUACAAACUCGAAGAUAACGGAGAACCAAAUGAACUGUACUUUGAGCACCUAUGGCACUAUGAGACCACGCUCCUACGCGAUAUAUUCAUUGAUGAGAUGAGAGUACUGGACGCAGGAUGGGUGGAAGUCUUUGAAAAGAGCCAGGUCAAAAGAGACUUUGACUAUGCGGUGCAUCAUUGUGACAGGUUGCUGGAUGCCAGGCAUAUCGAAGCAUGGAUUGAAGACAUGACCACUGAUAUAAGCAAUGCGCGCAGCUUGGGCGAUAGGAUCUGGUCACCGUAG